AUGAACAAAUGGAGUGCACUUUUUCUACUUGGAGUUGUAGUACUUUGCAACGGGAGGGAACCCUUUAGACCUCGAGAGGGAUCAAUGCCAUUUGUUGUCUAUUUCCUAUCACGUUACCGAGGCCUAUGCGUAGGCGCGUUGGUCUCGAGGACUGCAGUGAUCACGGCUGCUGUAUGCGUCACCAACCCUUUGACAGUAACGAAGGACACGCGGCACAUCAACGUAAUAGCGGGCACUACUUACCGACAUCUGAGACGGGGCAUCCGGGUGCCAGUCACAAAGAUUAUAAUACCUAAAUGGACUAAUGCCACAUCGAAUCAAGGCUACCUGAUGCAAAAAUCCCCAGCAGUAAUGUUGCUUAAGCAUCAAGUCCCAGAUGUCAUAGCUGAGGUGCCACUACGGGGAAUAAACAUUGCUUAUCAAGGCGAAAUAAAACUGACUUUACAUGAAGAGUGUUUAAUUCCGGGAUAUCAUUUCUUCUACAAAGGGGACAAAAUAACACAGGACAAAUUUUUGCUGCAAAGAAACAUGCGGGUCCAAUUUAUGAACGUAGCGAAAAAGUAUUUAUAUUGUGACACACUAGAGAUUAAAUUCCAACAAGGACUCAUUCACCUCGGAUUCGAGGGACAUACUGAUAAGACCACGUAUAUAUGCAUUCAUGACCCGGACCGAACAGCUCAGCCAUGUCACGGUAUGUAUGGAGCGCCAUUGAUAUGUCAAGGAAAAGUAAUUGCAAUGUUGAUGGCACCGGAUGCUCAGUGGACGAACUGCACCGGUUUCAGUAACAUCGUCCACCUUUUCAGCACCCAUUUCUUACGUGACUACAUGGAUUGUGUCAGCAGCCUUUUCUCACCCGAAUUUUAUUUGGAGGGGGACGCACUGAAGAGGUAUAUUUAUGAUGACAAGGAAGAGGAGUAUGACUACUUACCGGAAAUGUAUGACACGAUAGUAAGCGAAUCCACCAGCACAGAAGAAGUUCAUUAG